UCGUUCGAAACCGUCGCAUGCAUGUCGCAAGUUGACGUCACUUGCUGCCUAUAAACUGCGAAACAGGCGUGGGGAGACUAUUGAAUUGAAAUACAUGUUAUUGGAUUUUUGUUCAUCAAAGUCAAACAUCAAGCAAAAAUAAUAGACUUGUCUAGGUAGAGAAGAACACAGUAAACGCGACCAACGAGGAUGUUUAAGAAAUUUGAUGAGAAGGAAAAUGUUUCCAACUGUAUUCAGCUGAAGACCUCUGUAAUCAAAGGCAUCAAAAACCAGCUGUUGGACCAGUUUCCAGACAUUGAGUCAUGGCUCAACCAUAUCAUGCCAAAAAAGGACCCUGUCAAAAUAGUGCGAUGCCAUGAACACAUUGAAAUCUUGACGGUGAAUGGAGAAUUGCUCUUCUUCAGACAAAGAGAAGGACCGUUCUACCCAACCCUCCGACUGCUGCAUAAGUGUAAGACCUCUGCUCUUUUUGAUGUGCAGGUGUCUGAUGAAUUGCUGUGUUGCAGUGUACUGUUCAGUAAGUUUCUCUGUUCAUAUUUUACAGACCCCUUUAUUCUUCCACACCAACAAGUAGACAAAGGGGCCAUCAAGUUUGUCUUAAGUGGAGCCAAUAUCAUGUGUCCUGGAUUGACGUCCCCAGGCGCCAAACUCUACCCCUCUGCCUCAGAAACAGUAGUUGCCAUAAUGGCGGAGGGCAAGCAACAUGCCCUUUGUGUCGGAGUCAUGAAGAUGUCUGCAGAAGACAUAGAGAAAGUCAACAAGGGAGUAGGAGUUGAAACUGUUCACUAUCUUAAUGAUGGACUGUGGCACAUGAAGACGUAUAAGUGAGAUGUCUUCACCAACCCCCCUGGACAACGUGAAGCUCUUGACAGUGAGGCUGCCAGUCAAUUGUUUACACCAAUGGACUUAGCUGUGUAACUAGCUGGAGGCUUUGAACCAAUCCCCAAUUAAUGCACAAAUAAAAACCUGCAUUCAAUAUA